GUUAUUGACGAUUGUGUAGAUUUUUUUCCCUGUUAAAAUGAAAAGAUUCCGCGUAUUUGUAUAUGUAAGCGUUGUUUAAACGACUACCCUGUGUCUUAAAUGGCGUUUCGUGCCUCAUGUUAAUCUCGGAUAUUAUCUUAGUGUAGCUUUGAAACGGGAAGAUUUCCUUGACUCAGUUCAAACCAUACCUCCCGGGCUCUUCACGAGUUUGCAGUUCACACCACGACUCAGAGAAAGAUUGAAUGAAGACGGUAGCAGUAUUAGGAGGGGGUAUUGGGGGGCUUGCAGCAUCUUACUACCUUACCAAGAGUGCUCAGGUUACCAAGGUGGUUGUGUUGGAGUCCAGCAGUCGGUAUGGUGGUUGGUUGUGUACUACCAGGAGGUCAGAUGGGGCAGUGUUUGAACAUGGACCCAGAGGGAUACGACCUGCUGGGACAGUAGGAUACAAUACGCUUAAUAUGGUGGAGGAUUUGGGUCUGGAGAGGGAAAUUCUACCAGUCACCUACAGUCAUGUUGCUUCUAAGAACAGAUAUCUGUUUGUCAAAGGAAAACUUCACAAGAUGCCUUCAGGAAUAAGUGGCGCUAUCCGCACAGUCCCUCCCUUCUCUCGGCCCCUUCUGCUGAGUGCUGCCAUGGAGAUGCUGGUGAAGAAAAGCAAGAAGGAUGAUGAGUCUGUCUAUUCCUUUGUUUCCAGGCGGCUGGGGAAAGAGCUGGCAGACAUAGCAAUGGACGGUUUAUGCCGUGGUGUGUUUGCGGGGGACUGCAGAAAGUUGAGCAUGCGGUCUUGUUUUCCUCCCCUCUACAAUGCAGAACAGAACAGUGGUUCCAUUGUGCUGGGUAUGCUCCUAGGAUCAGGUACCAGUCAUGUGGUUCGCCCUGGUCCUCUGGCCCAGAAAUCAAGGAAUCAGUCAUGGGCCCAGUGGUCUCUGCGCAAGGGGAUGGAGUCUCUCCCAGAGGCAAUCGUUGAUUGGCUAACACAAAGUGAGAAGGUCCAUCUUCACAGGCAUGCUACUGUCAAGCAGCUCCAUCUUUCUGGUGCAGACUGGGAGAUCCAGUUGGAAGAUGGAACCAUAACAGCUGACCACAUCGUCUCUGCCAUGCCCGCUAAAGCCCUCGCGUCUGUCCUCCCUCACUCCCUUCAGCCCCUCAUCCAACUGCUCCAGGAUGUUUCCUCGGUAACGGUUGCCGUGGUAAACCUCGAGUACAAGGGUUCCAUCCUGCCUAUCGCGGGUUUUGGUCAUUUGGUUCCAUCAUCGGAGGAUCGAGGUCUGCUUGGAGUUGUCUAUGACUCUGUCCCCUUUCCUCAGCACGACAGUCCUAUUGGAGUCACAACUAGACUGACGGUGAUGAUGGGUGGAGCCUGGUUUGAGGAAGUUUUUGGGGACCCAGAGGAAGUUUCACAGGAGUACCUUCUAGCAGCUGCCUCCAGGGCAAUCUCCAGCCACCUUGGAAUUAACAUUGCACCCACUUGGAGUAAAGUGACUGUCCAAAGGGACUGUAUACCUCAGUAUUAUCUGGGACACUGGGAAAGAGUAGAGUCCAUGCGUAGCUACAUAAGACAGAGGCUCCUCCCCUUGUCGCUGGCUGGCUCCUCCUAUGAUGGUGUCUCCGUAAAUGAUGUAAUCUUCAGUGGACGCUCUGCUGUGGAAGGGCUACAAAGAAGUGCAGUCUCAUAAAACUGACCACUGUGUGAGCUGUUAUACUGAGCGACAGGCCUGGGCCCUUCAGCAUCUCAACACGGCAUGGACACAGCAGUAACACUUCAUUAACAAACAGAUUUAACUUUGUAAAGCUGGUGGGACAAAAAUAAAUACUGAUGAAAGUAAUAUAUGAAAAAAAGUGUCACAAAAAAUGAUUUUGGUGAUAACUUUGUGAGAUUAUACACAUGGUCAGACUUAUAUUUCAAUCAAACACCUUUACCGCAUUGAAAAUCUCUUCAAAAUAAAUGACUUUGAAAUAUUGCA